AAUAUUAUCAAUGAUUGUUUUGAAUUUUUAAAAUUCUAUGUAUUUCGUUUAGAAUAUUCAUUGAAUGAUUAUGAACGCCGGCAAAUUCCACAAUCAUAUCAAACAUUUCGUUUAGCAAUAUGGUUAACAUUAAAUUCAUGGAUCAAUACAUUUUUCAGUAUUCAUCUGGCAUUAUAUCCAAGUGAAUUUUUUUCCAAAAUAUCCAAAUCAUUUGAACAAUCAUUUCAUUUGAAACGUGUUGAUUUACUUUUUCAAUUACAAAUACCAAUAUUUAUUAUACUUGAAUAUCAAUGGUUAAAUUUUUUACAAAAAAUUCUUCAUUAUCAAUUAAAAAUUAAUAAUUUAUUUUAUAAAUAUUAUUAUCAUUCUGAUGAUUAUAAUCAAUUAAAAUCAAAAUAUAUUCAUUAUUAUACUCAUUAUAUUCAUAUAUAUCAUAUUAUAUCAAAAAUAAUAUUAAAAAUAUUAUUAAUCGUAUUGAUUUUAUCUGGUUUAUUUGGUAUUUUUACAUUCAUUUCGGAAUUCAUGGCUAAUAAUAUAACAUUUAUUUCAAUUGUUGAAAUUGGUUCCAAAAUUACAACUGUUUAUAUUUGUAUAUUUUUAAGUAAACAAAAUGAAAUGAAUUUUUUUAAUAUUAGUCUUAUAUUAUAUAUUGUAUCUGGAUUAUUGGCUACAAAUAUACUUUAUUCAAAAGUUGCACAGCUACCAUAUAAUAAUCAACGUGGUUGUUUAUUGAUAAUGAAUUGGCUUGCACGAUCACAAUAUCAACAACAACAACAACAACAACAACUAAAUAAUGGUCAUGAUAGAAAUGUACUGCAAUCAUUAUCAAUACGUAAUACAAUUCGUUUGAAUCAAUUCGCUCAAUCAAUGUCCGAUAAUCAUUUAGGUUUUAGUUGUGGACAAAUAUUUAUUAUAACUAAAUAUAAAUUUAUUGAAAUAUUUUUAAUGAAUUUUCAAUUAGUACUUUUGUUUUAUAAAAAA